UGGACGAAAGUAUUAUUCAUUUAUCUCUCAGCUCCAUCUUCUUUCAGUUCAUACUGGUCCCUCUCCUUUCUCUCUCAAUAGGGCAUUUCUGGCCCGCGCGUGAAGUAAGUGCUGAAAGGCAAGGACAUUGGAGCUGCUGCCUUCUGCAAUGCAAAAGCAACCAGCUUGGUUUUGAUUUUCUACCUCUCUCACCAUCAAAUUUGGACACAAAUUCCAGAGGCCCAAACAAGGCAUCUCCCCAAAGCGACACAAUGACUAGCUGCUAUUUCUGAAAUUCAUCAGAGGGUAUUCGGUGCAAGCCAUUCCCUUUUGUUUUUCAGUUUGAUUUUUGAUUUCCAAGAGAGGGGUUGCAGGUGCCCAUGCCAGAUUCAUAAGAAAAAAGGAACAAUUUUGCUGGAUAUAUUGAGUCAUUUUUUCCAUUUUGGACACAAGUAUUUGGUUGUUUAAUUUGUCAAUCUGUGGGCUAUAGGGAAUCUGUGCAUCAAUCUAUCAUUCCUGGAUUGCCUGAUGAUUUGGCAUUGAGAUGUUUGGCAAUGGUUUCUCAUGGGUAUCAUGGACUGCUCGAAACCGUCUCAAAGACGUGGAGAAAUUUAAUCCGUAGCUUGGACUAUGCCAACUAUAAAGCUAGAGAAGAAUGGUGUGGCAACUGGCUGUUUGUUCUGACAGAAGGCUCCAACAAUGAGUGGGUUGCUUAUGAUCCUGAAGCUGAUAGGUGGCAUCCUUUGCCAAAGAUUCUAACUGUCCAUGCUGACCGGAAACACUUCGGAUUUUCAAGUAUUAGUGUCGGAAAUCGGUUUUUUGUCAUUGGAGGGUCCUAUGCACCGCAUGAUCCAGCUUUUCCACACCAAAGGCCUUUUAUAACAAACGAGGUGAUGCAGUUUGAUCCCUUUAAGAAACAGUGGACCAAUGUGGCAACCAUGCUUACACCCCGUUCUCAUUUUGCAUGUAGUGCUGUUUAUGGUAAAAUUUAUGUUGCUGGGGGGCGCAACUUAUCUUGCACCAGAGGGCUUGCUCUUGCUGAGGUUUAUGAUCCGGUUGCUGAUAAAUGGGAGGAGUUGCCACCAAUGCGCAACCCUCAAAUGGACUGCUUGGGCUUAUCAUACAAAGGCAAAUUUCAUGUUCUGAGUGACCAAGUAGGCCUGCCAGACCAAAAUACCUCAGAGGUUUUUAGUCCAUCUGAUGGAACAUGGCGCACAGUUGAAGACAUCUGGCCUUUUUCAAGGGCAAUGCAAUUUGCAGUUCAGGUGAUCGGAGAUAAUCGAGUAUAUACUGUUGUAGACUGGGGUGAGAGCUUGAUUAAAACAAGGGAUACCGAAAAAGGGGAGUGGUACAACAUAGGCUCAGUUCCAUCGGUGAAUCUUCCUGAUCACUCAAGGCAGCUGGAGGCUUUUGGUUAUGGUUUUGCUGCAUUAAGACAUGAACUUUAUGUUCUGGGAGGGAAGGCUCUCAAGUGGGAACAGUCAGGUGCUGGGAGGUUUGACAUUGUGAAGUUGGAUUUGGUGAGAGUUUGCAACCCCUUGGUUAAGCCCUUGAAAUGGAGGGAAACUAGACCCAUGGUUGGGUCCGCUCGUGGAACUGUUAUAGGGUGUGCGUCCAUGGAAGAAGAAUCUUCAAUUUUCCCAAGGUAGGGUUUUAGGCUGGAAAAAGGGAUGCAUAUGCUGAAAUCUGAUGCAUUUUGUUCAAUGGCAAGCCUCUAAGACUAAAUGUGACAUUGGCUGAGAUUUUUUUUCAGUAGAAUUGGCUGAGAUUUGAUGAUAAUGUCUGAGAAGAUCAUAAAAUGGGAUGAUUUGAGCUGAUGCACUGACUAGAAAAGCCUUGCCUGGAGAGUGGAAACAUAUAGGAAGAAUUUACUCAAAUUUGCCAAAGGGAACGUGCCUGGCUGUGAUUCAGAAUUGUUAUACAAUCAAAUUCUUUUAUGAGUUACAAACUUCACUGAAGUGUGUUACCGUGAAUGUUUUGAUUUAAGUAUAUAAAGUAAAAAAAAAUAUUAU